AUGUUGCGCCUCGAGCUCAGCGCCAAGCAGGUGCUUCUGAUGCUCUGCGUCAUCAACUUUUUGAACUUCUUCGACCGCGGUCUCAUCCCGGGCGCCCCGAUCGAGUUUCAAGCGUUCGUGCAAUCGGCCCACAACGUGUCGUCAAGCCACGUGAGCGUCUACAUUGGGCUGCUCCAGACGUCGUUCAUCGGGUCGCUCUCUAUCUUCGUGUGCGUCUUUGGCUACCUCUCGCGCACGCAGCGCCCGUUCUUCCUGACGGCGCUCGGCCUCUCGGUGUGGCUUCUAGCACUCGUCUGCUGCGCACUCGCCAAGCCGCUCAACAGUUUUUACGUGCUCCUUGUCGGCCGCCUCGUCUCUGGCAUCGGCGAAGCGUCGUUCCAGGCCACAGCGCCGGCGUUCAUUGACGCGUUCGCACCGCCCACCAAGCGAACGUUGUGGCUCGGCGCCUUCUUUGCGCUCGUCGCCGUCGGCGAGGCGGUCGGCUUCUCGGUGAGUGCACUUCUGGCCGCCAGUGUCGGAUGGGAUGUCGGGUACUACCUCACGGCGAUCCUCGCCCUCCCACUUGUCCACGCCUGCUACCAUUUCGUGCCCCACGAGCUCAACAAGCCGACCCUGUCGCCAGAAUGCGCGCCGAAUGAGGAUGCGCUCUUGCCGUCGGCGACGACAUCGUACUGGCGCACGACGUGGCAAGUGCUCUGCAACCCGAUCUUUGCGACCGCGACGCUUGGUUGGGCGGCGUAUGCGUUCACGAUCGGUGGUCUCUCGACGUUUGCGCCGGCGCUCUUCAUCGGGCUCGGUGUCCUCGACGUCUCGGUCGCCUCGAUCGCCAUGGGUGGCAUCGUCGUCGUCUCCAGCCUCACGGGCGCGCUCCUCGGCGGCUACCUCCUCGACCGCAGCUGCCGCGACCACGAAGACGACCGCCACUUUCGACUGCGAAAAGCUUCGCUGCAGAUGCUCGGCUCGAUGAGCCUCGGCGUGGCCCUUCUCUUUCUCUCCAUGUGCGCGCUGGACGGACCGCCGAUUGUCGUGCUGGCGCUCAUCCUGCUGGGGCUCAUGUGCGUGCUCAUGUCCCAAGCGCCGCUCACGACUGUCGUGCUCCUCAGCGUCAAGUGGAGCCAACGCAGCUACGCCGUCGGGCUCAACACGCUGCUCAUGCACCUCCUCGGCGAUGUCCCUGCGGUCGUCAUCCUUGGCGCGCUCAAAGAUCGCUGGGCACCACACUGCGGUAGCGUCGUGGACAUUAACGGAUCCGACGUGCUCGACCCGAACUGCCAUUUGGACGCGACCGGUCUCCGCGCGACCCUUGCAUUUGCCUACGGCUGGCUACUGUGGGCCGUCCUCUUUUGGGGCGCGACGUACUACUUGGCGCGCGCCCGCACGACGAGUACGGACGUCGAGAUCGAUGGCGACAUGAUGACCAUGCCCCAAACGCCAACCCUCCGCCCGAUCGUUUUGCUCAACGGCAUCCGCAAAGCCGUCUCUGUGAUGGUGCUCAAGCGGAUCCAGCCGAAGCUCGACAAGCAGAUUGGCGCGUAUCAGAGCGGCUUUCGCCCUGGACGCAGCACGGCCGACGUCGUUUGGUCGCACAAGUGGCGCAUCGCCCGCAUCCGCCAGUACGAAGAGCAGUUCUCUAUCCUAGGUAUCGACUUUUCACGCGCGUUCGACACGAUCGACCGCGCGAAGCUCCUCGCGGUGCUUCGAGGCUUUCUCGACGAUGAUGAAGUGCGCCUGGUUCGCAUGCUGCUCACGACCACGACGCUCCGGCUGCGCAUCGACGGCAAGUCGCACAGCCCCUUUGCCGCCGAUCGCGACGCCUGGAAGGAAUCCACGGAGCUUGUCAUCAUGGGCCUCACCCGCGGCCACAAACGCCGCCGCGCGACUACAGAGGAACACGAUGCGCCCCCGCGCCGCCGCCUGCGCAGCCACGGCCCGGCGAGCGAAUGA